AUGAUCUCCUUCCCGACGCCCAGCGUCUAUCAGGCGUCGAAAUGCUAUUUCACGCAUGGCACAUUGGCUCACCCGGACCCCAAGCAACUGCCUUCGAAGGGGAAACCAUGGAGCACAUUACUAGGACAGGACUUUGUGCAUAAAGUCGAUCUCAUUCUACCCCAGCAAUCCUUUGAGAAGUUGAGGAUGAAACUCGGGCAAGAUGCGUAUUCGCCCACACAUUCUCGGGUGAUCAUGACUCUUGGGGACAUUCUUAAUGGAGAGUUCUUCACGCAGUAUAUCAAGGUUGGGAACAUAAUGAUGCUCUCGGAGGGGAGAAUCGGCCAAGAUAACGUCUUUGCAAUCAAAGAUGGAACCUUGACUAUGUACCUCGAGAAGGAGAUGUAUGAAAGAGCCGGUUUGGCCGGCCAGCCACACGGCGUCAAAGGCAAGCGCGGUCUGAAACCCAGAUGGGUGGUCCAGUACGAUCUACGGAGCCCGGCAAGCUUCCCCGGCAAGAACGGCUUCGACAGAUUACUCUAUGCCUGCAAGAACGUGUUCAACCGACCAGUCACCUGGUUAUUUCGCUCCAUUUCUAAAAUCCCUGACCCUGAUCCGUUGGCAAAACAUUUCCCCACCAAGUAUACCUCGGCCCCCUUUAUCGUCGAGGAUAUCCAUGCUAUGGUCCCGGCUCUCAAACCGCCACAGACGUCCCUUGUAGUACAUGAUCGCUUGGAUGUCGAAGAGUUUGGAACAGAUCUGUACGAGUGGCUAUCAUUGCUUAGACUUGAAAGCCCCCGAAUCAACACAGGAGACCAGAUCGAUCCUCAUCUGUCACGAUACGCCUUGCCAGGGGGGCCGGGGGGUCUGCAGCAGGCCGACUUGUGCAAAGUGAGCUGGCAAGGCUUCAUCUCACCAGCCUGGACGAGGCAGGUCUUGGUGGAUACCAUACUAGCCCUCCCUUCGCGGUCCUGGUUCUCACUGAGUGUGAGCUCCUUCGGGAGGGAGAUCACGGGGAACAGCACAGAGUGUACUAUACUCCGACCCGAGAACUCGCCCGGUGAAUACCUGCUCUGGGAUGUCCACGGGCACGAGUGA